ACGUGCUCAAAACAUAAACAAAGCAAGAAAUGGAUGGAGUCCAACUUGCAGUUGCAGAACCGAAAUAAGUUCAGCCCUCUGCAUUUAUACACGCCCAGCCACGGAAGCGAAGACCACAGGAAGGGGAAAGGUAAAGGAGAGCAAAAACAGCAGGAGGCAAAGCGAAUUCAAGCAAAUUUCUCUUCUGUUUCCGGUGGAGAUUUGAGGUGUGCGGGGAAGAUGGCUCCUGCGAAAUCCGGGGAAAGGGCGAGCAGCUUCGCCAUGGCCUGCAGCCUCCUCAGCCGCUACGUCAGGGAGAACGGCGCCGCCGCCGGCGAGCUCGGCCUCGGCAUCAGAGCUGAAGCCGAUGUGCAGAGGACGCCGGCAGACGGGGACAAGGGAGCGGCGAGGAAGGAGGCCAUGGAUCUUUUCCCCCAGAACGCCGGGUUCGGCUCCGAGGCCGCCGUCCAGGAGGGCCCUGAUGCAAGGGAGCAAGAGAAGCGCCAGCUGACUAUCUUCUACGGCGGGAAGGUCCUCGUGUUCAAUGACUUCCCUGCUGAGAAGGCAAAGGACCUGAUGCAGCUGGCCAGCAAGGGUACAUCGGCAGCUCAGAACUCUGGCUUGCUGCCAUCCUCCACAACUGCAACCGUUACUGACAGCACUAAGGUCACAUCCCUGCCAGCCCAACCUAAUGCUGUGAUCAAUUCCCAGAAGAAUGCAGCAGAUAUUCCCCAGGCUCCGAAGGCGUCUCUUCGCCGGUUCCUCGAGAAGAGAAAGGAUCGCCUUAGUGCAACAGCACCAUAUCAAGGUUCCCCUUCAGAUGCUACACCUGUUAAGAAGGAGACUCCGGAGAGUCAGCCAUGGCUCGGUUUAGGACCUCAGAUCGCCAAUCCUGACCUGAGCUUACGCCAGGAAUGCAACCAAUGAUCAGAUCAGCAAUUCAGUAUUGCCAUCUUCAAAUCUGCGAUACACCUGUGGUCAGAGGACUGGAUUAUAGAUAUUCUUACUAGUCAUGUACCAAGUGUUUUGUGUUACUCCCAUGAUUCCAUUAUGUGAUGCUUUUCGCUUGGAUACAUAGGUUUGGAUGUAAAGGAAGUAGCUGAUGUCGAACAUGAUUACUAGUGUUGGGACAGGCUUGGCUGAUUAACCCAUGGCAGCUUGCCCCAAACUGCCGUGGUAGAAAGGAGAAAAACUGUAGUAGUUGCCAGAACUCGUUCGUAUUUUCGGAAACUUUGGUGUCGUUUGGCUUUGGCAUUGCUGUGUACAAAGCUAGUUGUUGUAACAGAUACAGGCCGUACAAUUAUUUCGUUUCUGCUA